UGAUCAUUGUUUUCCAUCCUUUUGGAUACCCUGCGCAAAUUAUUUCGCCCCGGUUCGGACCAGGGGUCCUUUGGCGCGGAUCUCAUUAGAACCUACUGGACGACUACUGCAUUUUCCCGCUGUUUGUUCAGCCAGCCUGAGCCUACCGUCCAGCUGCUGAAGAGAAGGCGCUUCAAGCCAUCAACAUCGCCUCGACGAUAUCUCUACGAACUCAACUCUUGCGAAUCCCAGUCUAUAUGCAGCAGCAUCAAUCUGCGAAGUGCCUAUCUCCUCCCCUCGGCCUUCCUGCCUCCAGAGCGACUACGAACAGAUGUCUUUCACCAUGACAGAGAGAUCGGACUCGCCCACGAGGAACGGCUUUGCCCAGAUCUUCACCAAAACUCGUAAUCGUGACAAGAAAGGCAGAGACUCUGCGGGGAACUCUAUCAAGAGCAACGAUGAUGGCCUGGGUCUUCGAGGUUCUGUUGAAGAUGCAAUCGAGAAGAUGAAAGGCAGCACUAGCACAGAGGAUGAAGGCGAGUCCAAUGGUAUCAAGAAGCUUGUGCCGAUGGGAAUUGGGUCGAAAAGACGGCAGAGGAAGAAGGAGAAAGAGGAAGAGGAACAGCGGGCAAGUGAGGAAGCAGCUCGGGGGAGAAGUGUCGCAGAUCGCGGUACACUUCGCAACGAUGGCGGCAGUCCCGUUAAUGGGUCUGGAGAUGGAAGCAGCUUGAUCACUUGUGAUUCUGAUAUUGAGUCACCUCUCGAAACACCGCCAACACUGUCCACACAUCCUUCACACAUUGGAUACCUCACGACCUCCUCCCCUCUUGUCCAUUCUACAACCCUGCCGGAGCCCAACCUGGCAGACGCUCAAGUAGACGGCGCGCCCACCCCUCGAGCUUCAACGUUCCCGAGGAACGUCGACCUGGCGGCCCUAGAAUCAGCUCCGUCACUGUUGGACAAAUCUCUUCGAACUCCUACAAACGUAUCACAGAAGCGAUCGCCGUCGCCAGUAGGCAGAAUAAAAGAGGUUUUCAAACCACGACGCGGAUCAAGCCCAAGUCGAAGCCCAGAACGCAAGCCUGGUGGGGUUGGGGUCCUUAAGAAGGAGGGCAGUGGAGGAGACGGCAGACGUGGGAGUGUCGCAUCGAGAGUUGGUUCUAUAUUCUCUGACAGGCAAUCAUCUCCCCUUCCUGUGUCGGUGACGAAUUCCCCAGAGCGACCGCGCACGGCGAAGAUUCAACAAAUCGAUACGAAUGCUUCGCCGCAAACACCACCACCUGGAGAGAACAUUGCCCCUCUUAUUGUGAAUACCCCUCCAACUCCAACAGAUACCAGUUCACCGCGCUUUGAAUCCGUUCGAGAGCGGGGGGCUUCAGAUCCCGCCUCCUCAAAUCCAAAUGUCAUUACUUCUGCUUCGGGUAAUAUGAUCUCUCAUCGAAGAAUUCGAUCCGGAUCAGCAACUCUUGGGCCCAGCAAAUUGUCGAGUAUCACGUCAGCUCCCUUGACGCCCACACCCGAAAACGGCUCAAUCACGCCGGGAUCAGGCGGCUUUUUUUCAACAGUGUUUUCAGCCGCACAGAACGCAGCAAACACCUUGAGCAACAGCAUAACUAACACUUCGGUGGCACCCGGUGGCAAUCGGAGUAGGAGUGGCACACAAGACUUGAAAGAGUUGAAGGAGGUGGACGAUCCUGUAGUGGAAACAUUAGUCGAGAAGAUAGACUCAGAAAAUCCCAGCGAGGAGAAAGAGCUCGCAGUCAAGACGCUAGGUAUGGGGGACCUGAGUCUAAGCGCCCUUGGAAUUUCCGAGAACAGUAGUGGCACAAACACACCGGUAGGCACAAAGUUCUCGGAGGAGCCACGAGGUAGAUCUGAAUUUACCAACGACGACUCCCGAAAUAUCACGACAGCGUUACCAAGUUCCGAGAACUUUGAUUCUACUAAUACAUCCACACUCGACGAUCUCCAACCCUUGGUCCGACCUCGAUCAAUAUACGAACCUUCCGUGGCUGGAGAACAGACUCCACCCAAUGGCAGCGUGUUUGAAGGUAAAGCAGGAAUUCAACGAAGCGGUAGCAUUCGAAGCGCCAUAGGAGGCCGGCGAAAGAGAGGAAGUUCGGCAGCAACGGGGACUACUAUUGGAGCUGCCAUUGCCGCUGCCCAUGCUUCUGUUGCACAACCAACUGCGGGCACUCCUAAGAUUACCGGAUUUGCUGUUGCAAGUAAGAAGCGCAAUAGAGAUUUCCAUAAUCUUUUUAGAAGCGUUCCAGAUGACGAUUACCUGAUUGAAGACUAUAGUUGUGCUUUGCAGAGAGAAAUUCUUGCUCACGGUCGACUGUAUGUCUCGGAGGGUCAUCUGUGUUUUAGCAGCAACAUCUUUGGCUGGGUCACUACUCUGGUAAUGAGUUUCGAUGAGAUCGUUUCCGUCGAAAAACGAAGCACGGCGUUGGUCUUCAAGAACGGACUUAUGAUAUCCACCCUGCAUGCAAAGAACAUUUUCGCCAGUUUUACGAGUCGAGAUUCGACUUAUGAUUUAAUUGUGGGCAUCUGGAAGCUCGGCCACCCAAGUCUGCGAAGUUCACUCAAUGGCGUGAGAAUUGAGGAGACGGGCGGUGGAGACAAGACGGAGAAAGAUGAUGGAAUUGUCGCUCCAGCUAGUCAGAGUGAUUCGGAAUCGGGCAGCGACGAAGAGGAUGGUGAUGAGAUAUAUGAUGAAGACGAAGAUGACGAGGAUGGUAUGAGCUUCACCCAGGCUGAAGGAAGUGUCGCCGGAAGUGAUAUUGCGGAGAAGAGCGUCAGCCGAAAACCCUCCGCUGCGGUAGUGCCUAACGGCACUCCACCAGAAAAGACCAAGGAAGAUGCCCCUGCAACAUCUGCCGGUGACUUUCCGGGGCCCGCAACGCAUGCUCCCACGAAUUGUACGGAUCAAGACACCCAUUACGCCAAAGUCCUUGCAGAUGAGGUUAUCCCUGCUCCACUCGGAAAGGUAUAUAGCCUCACGUUUGGACAAGCAUCCCUUACUUGGAUGCGAAACUGGUUGACAGUGGAGCAAAAAUGCCUGGAACUGACCAUGGACGAUAAGAAGCCUCUUGGCCUGGACAACAAAGUCCGAAACUAUUCUUAUAUAAAACCCUUGAAUGGCGCCAUAGGACCCAAGCAGACCAAGUGCAUUUGCACAGAGAACCUCGAUUCCUUGGACUUCGAAAAAGCUGUAUCGGUCACGAUUUCAACUCAGACUCCAGAUGUACCAAGUGGUAACGUUUUCAGUGUCAAGACAAAGUACUGCCUUUCAUGGGCUGAAGGAAACGGUACCAGAUUGCAAAUGAGCUGCACCAUCGAGUGGACUGGAAAGAGUUGGCUUAAAGGUCCAAUUGAGAAAGGUGCAAACGAUGGCCAAGUCCAAUAUUCAAAGGAUAUCGUUGCGGCACUGAAAGCAGCUGUUUCAUCGCGUCGCGGUACUACAACGAUCACUCAAGGCAAAGCCAAAAAGAAGGGCCGCAAGGGUCGGGAAUCGAAAAGCAUCAGCAAACAAACCGAUGGUGCUUCAGAUUCCAAACCAACUACUUCAAAUUGGGGUUUGUUCGAGCCCGUUCACGCCUUACUGGAACCGGUGGUGGACAUUGUGAAGCCACUACUCACAGGGAAUAUUCUCUACGGGCUUCUUGUGGGCUUGCUGGUAGCCAGCUGGUUCCGGUUCGGAUUUUCGGGCAAGGGUAGCGGCAGUAGAGAUCUUGGGAUGGGGUACUUUGGUACUCCCGAGAGAGUGGCCGCCUAUGAAGAGAUCUGGAGAAGAGAGGAAAGUGAGCUUUGGGAAUGGCUCGAAGACCGGGUUGGUAUGGACCGCCUUCGCGAUGUAAGCAAGAUGCCCAUCGAAGCACAAACGAUGCAAGAUAAGCUCAAGGAGGAGAAGAUGGACGAGCGAGAGAUGGAUGCUGCUAUUCGAGUUACGGAGGAGAAACUUCGGGUAUUGAAGGUGAGCGUGGAGAAGAAUAAAGCUGAUUUCAAGCGGAUGUUUGGUGAUGGGAAGGGAAAGUCGAAAGUGAGUGUUAAUGAUGAUAAUACAUGAAUACUAGGUGUUAGACGUAGCAUAUUGGUGUUCGGCGAGGCUGGCUUGGAUUGGGGUUUAUACAUAGCGUCACAAAUACCAUUUGCUUUCAACUCUUG